CGGGGCGGAACUUUGUUGUGGCGGUGAGGAACAGGAAGCCCUGAAGGGUCAAAAGAAAUAUAAAAGCAAAGGCUAUUUUUUUUUUCUCUCUCUCUUCUUUUUCUUCUUCCUUCUUUCUUUCUCUUUUUCCCAAAGAGCGAGCGGCCUUUGCGGUGGCGGUUUGGGGUGGGCGCCGCCGAGGUGAGGGGGUCUCGCCUCCCGCACGCCGGUAGAUUGAUCCAUUAUGGAUGGAGGGGAUGAUGGUAACCUUGUCAUCAAAAAGAGGUUUGUGUCUGAGGCAGAGCUAGAUGAACGGCGCAAAAGGAGGCAAGAAGAAUGGGAGAAAGUUAGGAAACCUGAAGAUCCCGAAGAAUGCCCAGAGGAGGUUUAUGACCCUCGGUCUCUGUAUGAAAGGCUACAGGAACAGAAAGACAGGAAGCAGCAGGAGUAUGAGGAACAGUUCAAAUUCAAAAACAUGGUAAGAGGCUUAGAUGAAGAUGAGACCAACUUCCUUGAUGAGGUUUCUCGGCAGCAGGAACUAAUAGAAAAGCAGCGAAGAGAAGAAGAACUGAAAGAACUGAAGGAAUACAGAAGUAAUCUCAACAAGGUUGGAAUUUCUCCAGAAAACAAGAAAGAAGUGGAGAAGAAAGUGACUGUGAAGCCCAUAGAAACCAAGAACAAGUUCUCCCAGGCAAAGCUGUUGGCAGGAGCUGUGAAGCAUAAGAGCUCAGAGAGUGGCAACAGUGUGAAAAGACUGAAAUCGGACCCUGACCCAGAUGACAAGAAUCAAGGAGCCCCAUCCUGCGUGUCUCUUGGAAGCACAUCCCUGAGCGGUCCCUCCAUCCACUGCCCCUCUGCCGCCGUCUGCAUCGGCAUCCUCCCAGGCUUGGGCGCCUACUCUGGGAGCAGCGACUCUGAGUCCAGCUCAGACAGCGAGGGUACCAUCAAUGCCACUGGCAAGAUUGUCUCCUCCAUCUUCCGAACCAACACCUUCCUCGAGGCCCCCUAGCUCCUCUGUCCUUACUGCCAGGAGCUCCACCCCAAGAGUAGACCGGACAGUUUAUUCUGCCUCCAGGCACUACUGCCCUCAGAAAACUCCUUUUCCUGCUCCCUGUGCACACCAUGAUGUUUUUAACCUCAUCUAAAAAUGUGCCAGAAUCUACUUGUGGCCCAAAUUGUUUGGUUUCUCUUUCCAGCCUUUACAGAGGCCCAGACCUGUCCCAUGGCCUCUGUCCUCACUGAUGAAGUAGGGUGAGCAGAAAUUCCCCUGAAAAUGCUGUGGGAAGAUAGGCACCAGCUGGCUUGGAAAGGGUUUGGUUUCGGUUGCUUGCUUUUUUGUUUUUUCUUUCCCAACAUCACAAAGAAGCAAGGGCAGUUAUUGGACAGAUAUUAUUUAAACUUUCUAUUCUAGAUGAACGCGCCGUUUGGUUAUACUGCGUUGUAGAGCAUGUGGUGGGAGAGAUGGACCCAGGGGAUGGAAUGGUGCGUUGCCCUGGAACUAACUGAUUCUUGAUGUUGUGCUAAGUAAAGAUUCUAAACUACA